AUUUUCUCUCCAUCCAAACACAUCUCACCAAAUGGGAAAGGGAUAGAUAGAUAACAAACAUGAGUUUGAGUGCUCACCUUCUCUCUCCAUUCCCUCCUUUCUUCAAACACUCUCCAACCACCAGAACCCCUCUUCUUCUUCUUCACCCUUCAAUCCCAUCAUCAUGUAAUCCUCAACAAUACAACACAAAAAAGGCUCAUUCUCUGCUAAAGAAUCUCCUCCUCUCCUUCUCCGUUGCUCUCACCUUAUCUUCUCCACCUCCACAACCUUCUAUAGCAAUUCCUUCUCUCAACUCUCAACCCUCUUUGCUCACCACUCCAUUCUCUCAAUCCAAGAACUUGGCCACCGGAUUGGAAAAUGGGAAAAUCAGACCCUGUCCGUCUAUAAACCCGGGCUGCGUGUCGACAAAUCCAAGAUCGUCCUCAUUCGCAUUUCCUUGGACAAUUUCUGAAAAUAGUCUAGAUAAUGCUAUUCAGAAAUUGCAAGAAGCUAUUCUAGAAACACAGAAAAACGCCAAGAUUGAGGUUGUUGAAGAUACCCCACAUGGCACAUAUCUGCAAGCUGAGGUUGAUGGAGGGUUCGGCCGAGAUGUGCUAGAAUUUUUGGUAAAAAGAGAUGUGGUUACUUAUAGAUGUAUGGCUACAAAGGUAACCUAUGUAUACCCCUUCACCACAGCUUUAGGGGAUUCAAAGGGACAGGAAGAAAGAAUGAAGAAGAUCAUUGAGCAGUUGGGGUGGUCAGCUCCAAGUUUUGAUUCCAUGGAUUAGAAUGAUUCAAUUAUUAUGUUGUAUAUGGAGCAUGCUAGCAUCACACCCUUUUCUAAAAAUUCCUGUUUAUUCAGUUUUAGGCAUUUGUUACGUACAAUUGAUUUGCUCUUACUCUUUGUUAGUUAAUGCUCAAGAAUCUGAUAGCCAAAAAAACAAAAAAAAAAAAAACAGAAAAACAGAAGCACCUAUUGUAUAUAUUUACGUAUUAUCAUUCAUUACUUUGAGUGUCCCAUUUGAUUAA